GCUGGUUUGUCAGAUUAUUGAUGCGGUGGUUUGAAUCACGUUUGAAUUUAAGUGCGGAGCUCUAUAUUUCUUUUAAAAUCUUUUAUUCAACCACUAUAUUCCAUAGAUGAGUUUAUAUAUUGUGUGUUAAUUAAGUGAAAUCUGUGUUAUCAAGUGUUUAAUCAUGGUUUUGGCUGAAAGAAGUAAUGAUGUUCGAAACGGGAAGCGGUCAAGGGGGCCAAGCCCCAAUGGCCAUGGAAGUCCAGAUUCCAGUUCUGAAGAUGAGAAUGCUGAGAAGAUAAGAGUGGGCAGGGAUUAUCAGGCAGUGUGCCCUGAACUGGAACCGGUAGAGCAACGCCGACCAGAACUUAUUUCUGACAGAGCUUUAUUAGUUUGGUCACCUACCUGUGACAUAUCUGACAUCAAAUUGGAUGAAUAUAUUACUACAGCAAAGGAAAAAUAUGGUUACAAUGGUGAACAAGCAUUGGGUAUGUUAUUUUGGCACAAACAUGACCUCAACAGGGCUUCAAUGGAUCUUGCAAACUUCACUCCUUUUCCUGAUGAGUGGACAGUAGAAGACAAGGUUCUCUUUGAACAAGCUUUCCAGUUUCAUGGCAAAAGCUUUCACAGAAUUAGGCAAAUGUUGCCAGACAAAUCAAUUGCAUCAUUAGUUAAGUACUAUUAUUCAUGGAAGAAAACAAGAGCUCGUACUUCAUUGAUGGAUGUUGUUAGCGAAGGUCGUAAUGCUACUGGCUCUGGCACUGGCAAGCGUGAAUCAGGUGCUGGAUCAGAACCGGGCGGUUCUGACAAGGAUUCAGACAAUGACGAAAAGGGCGAGGGCGGCGGCGAGAGCGCGGGCAAGUGGUGCACUGUGUGCGGCAUUCUGUGCAACCAGAUCACGGCGCACAAUUCGCAGAAGUUGUGUCAGGCAUGCCUCGUGCACGCCAGACGCACGGGGACGAUGCGACCGCUGUGCGGACCGUCCGGCAGACGCGGUCCGGGAUCCAAACAGCAGCGGUACAAGCACCGGCUGCCGCGCGGUAUUUACAUCAAUCACGAUGAUCUCGUCGCCAUGGCCACCGGCCCUCAGCCUGGCGAUCCCCCGCAGCCUGGACUUAUCAAUCAUGGCGAAGCCAUGCUCAAAGCUAUGGAUAGAGAAGUUAUAUCUCUAAAGAGACAAGUGCAACAAAACAAACAGCAACUGAGUGCGAUGAAGCGUAAAGUGGGCGACUCUGGGGUGGAAGAGUUGAGGCCCGGUGAGCCACCAGCAAAGAUCAACUCUCGCUGGACUAAUGACGAACUACUCAUGGCAGUUACGGCCGUCAGGAAGUACGGUAGAGAUUUCCAAGCUAUCGCCGAAACUCUGGGCACGAAGACUGAGGCGCACGUCCGUUCUUUCUUUAUUUCAUAUCGCCGUCGCUACAACCUAGACGCCAUGGUGCGCGAACAUGAAGCCGAACGUGGUAACGCCCAUCAUAUACAAGCCGGUACUACAAGUACAGAAUCUGCUGAAACAGGCGACAACACUAACAAUGGCACUGACUCGACUCAGUCUAUUAACAAGGAUGAAAAAAUGGAGGUAGAUAGCGAAGGCGUCGCUAUCGGAGCGUCAGCGGAGGCUGGCGGCCCCCCCACGACCCCGCCCAAGCACAAGCCCGCCAAGUGAUGCGGCGGCGGUACGUCCGCGCGACACGCUCGCGGCUCGCGGCCCCCGCACGCUGCGACCUACUAGUGCCGUCAAGCGCGCCCCAAAUAUUUGGGUAUCGCACCCCAUUCCAUGAAAUCAAAGCGUCGCGGGAAACACCGAUUACUAUUAUAUAAGACAAAAGUAGGUUUCUUCGAUAUCUAUCAAGUAGUAAAACGAGUUCGUCUCUUUCACACGCUGUAUAUUAAAGAGCUGUUUUCAGUAUUCAAUCUAAAACACCGACAGACGUAAUUGCACAACUCGUAACUAUGUAUUUAAAUGGUGCAGAUUAUUAUUAUCAACUAGACGUACUAAUCAUAAUGUCUGGUUGAUUAUAAACCUGAAAUUCUGAUGGCAAAGAUCAGAAAUUAUGUUUGUAUACGCUUUAGGGAAGCAUCGGACUUGUGUAUAUAAAUUAUAAUGUAUGCUAAUAGGUUUGUUUCCAGAUUAGGAAGCUUGUGUAAAGAAUAUAUAAUCGUAAGUGUGUUCCUGUCUCUGGUUUCUCUAUGAGGUACACUAUGAGCUGUGCUCUUUCAAUGAGCUGUUGUGCUUUGUCCAAUAUUUCUUCAGAGUUCUCAAGUGUGAUAGUUCAUAGAUAUGUAUUACGAAAUAAAACAUUAAUCACUUGCCUUAUGUGAUAAGUUCGUCUCAUGUACUCGCAUGUUUACUAAAAUAUGGCUUAAGUAUCACAGGAGAUUUAUUCGAAUCUUAAUUAACUAGACCCUUCUGUGGUGUUUAUUCUAAGGCUCAGAAGUCACAGUGCCGCUUAUCCCUCCUGCCGCGGUUGCAAGACCGUAACCCGCAUAUAAUGUGAAUGACUAUUAAUUUAAAUGUUGAAUUUAAUAUUUUUCAACUUAAAAUAAGGAACCACAAAAUAUAUCUUGUUGCAAUCUCACUCCUAAAUUGAUAGAUAAAUGGGCGCACCGAUUUUUAGUUUUGUUUUUUAAUUAUUGGCGUUACUAAGUCUUAACAAAUUAUCUUUUCAUGACAAGUUUUGUGGUGAUUGCAGGACAGCACAAUAUUGCGGUUUCGUAAGUUUUUAAAUCAAAAGAUCACUACGCGUGGCCUGUGCGCAUUUAGAUUGCUCUGUGACUUCUUAGUCUAGCAGUUUUCUAUAUAAAUGAUUCUAAGAAAUAAUAGUAGCUAGAUAUUUUAUGUAAGACUUAUUAUUUUAACGAUAAGGAUACUAUCAAUUUGGAAUGUUAAGUCCAGCCGUAGUUUUUAGGUAACAAGCGAAGGAUGUUUUAGUGGUUAUGCAAAUUUCUAUUAUGGAUACUCAUAUUAUAGGUCAAAUGGCAUUUAUAGUCGCGAAAGAAUAAAACUCAAUAUAAAGCCAUUAACAAACCGCUUGGUUCAAUAAAAGCAAUAUAUCGAAUAAUACAAUAUUUCUUAUGCACAUGUAGAAUAGCUAUUUUAUUAUACAUUUUAAUUAUAUAACUUUUCCAUACAUUUAAAUAGAGCGAUAUAGAGAAUUGACGAUAUUUUUGUACUAGUAAAUGACCUCCCGAUGAUUAGGAAAUUUUGGUGUGAUUAGUUGAUGUUUUUUAAUGAAUGGUAUUAACUUUAAUUUUGUACUUUUAUUUAGUGUUAUGAAGUAACGCGUUUAUAGCAUAAUUUAAGAUAUAAUUUUAAAUAAUAAUAUAUGUACAUCACAAAUGGGAUGAGCUAUUCGCACCGGUUGCUACGAAGCCGAAGAUGAAUCGUUACCGAUAUAUCAUUGUUCUUAUUCAAUGUGACUACUUGGCUGUACAUAUUUAUGUAGUAUUAUUUACGAAUAAACUUCAGAUGGUGCACUCGGUACUGAAAUUAUGUUAUACAAAACUUAGGUGAAGUUUUUCCAGAAUUCAUUUUGUUAAAUUCAACGUCCGCCUACAAUUGACGUAAGCAAUAUAUUUUAAUUCAAUUAUUAUUUAAUCUAAUAUUGAUGAUGGAAAAUAUUAACUGAUUACAGAUAAGUCUGUAAUGAUUUUAUUAUUUGGGAUAUGGGUUUAAAUAUUUCUGUAAAUAUUAUUAUGUUCCUCAAUGUUAUAAUAAUUUUGUACCUAAUUUGUGGUCAGACAAAACUGGUUAACUAGAUUUAGUUUGAAAUCCUUAGCAUAUUUUAUGAACGGCGUAAAACCUUAAUCACUCCAAAGAGAUAUCCACAAAAUGAAGUCAUCUUAUUUAUUGACGCUAAUUAGGGCUAGUAGGAAGAUUGUUACUGAAUUAAAUUAUUUUUAUUAGGAUUAUUGUUUUCUGUAUAUUAAGAACUUAAAUCAAUUGACAAAGUUUUUUUUAUUAUUAAUAAGUAAUGCUCAAACUUAUUUGUUUUGUCCCAUCACUUGACCGUGGUCUCCACAAAUUAUUAAGUAGCUAAAACCGAAGUUAAGGGAGUUUUGAUUUUAAGAAUAAUAAAUAAUAAUAAUAAGUAUGUAUUAA